CGCAUCAUAACAAACUUUCCGGAGAGUCCAGCGUGCCGGUCAGAGGCGGCGAGCUCGGAACCUGCCCGCGGCUGCAGCUGACUUGUAAGGUUACUCUACAAGGGAGCACAUAAUGGCCCAGGAGACUAAUCAGACUUCAGUUCCUAUGCUCUGUGCCGCUGGCUGUGGUUUCUAUGGCAUCCUUCGGACCAAUGGCAUGUGCUCCGAGUGCCAUAAGGAGCACCUGUCAAAGCAGAACAAUGGAGUCAGUUCCCUGAGUGCAAUGAGUGGGAGCGAUUUGUCAUCUGGGGAUCCCUCAGCAGAGUCCUCUGCCAUCCAGAAAUUGGAGGCCACCUUGAAUAAUGCCGCUGCCGCUGCUGGGGUUGGGACUGCCGCUGCCAGGGCUGGGGCCGCCGCUGCUGCUAGGGCUGUUGCCGCUGGUGCUGUUGCCAAUGAGGUUCUCAAUAUUUACAGUGAAGACACAGCCCGUUCGAUGACGCAGGAGAUGAUGAAGAUGAGCCUCUCUUACGAUGAAGGAUCAUCAGCUAAUGUAGACCCUGUGGUCACUGAGCUCAUUUCCCUAAAGCACAAACCUAGCACCGCUGGCGAGGAGCCCAAGACAAUUAAGCCAAGAAAGAUCCGAUGCUUUGUGUGCCACAAAAAACUUGGCUUGACUGGUUUUGACUGCCGGUGUGGCAACAUGUUCUGUGGAAUCCACCGUUACUCAGAUAAGCACAACUGCCCCUAUGACUACAAAACUGAAGGUGCAGCCAAGAUUCGCAAAGAGAACCCUGUGGUUGUAGCUGAAAAGAUCCAGAGAAUAUGAGUCGCAAUGAGUUUGACAUCCAGGCAGUGAUUGGCUUUUGAAAACAUGGACUUGAGCUCAGCCUACACCCUGAAGGACCUCUAAUCUUUCAUGUCAGCUCCCCCCCCCCAUCUUUCCAUGCAUUUCUCUGCUCUUUUUUAAGUAUGUUAAAUUGGAGGGUAUGGAAUUCAUGUUUGGGGGGAUCUCUCGACCACCAAUCUUGGGGUGUGGGGUUGACUAGUUGUCUGAUAGGCUGUGGCUUUUGUUAACGUUGACUCUCACUUUCAGAACUUACACCAACUGUCGGAACCUUUGGCCGGCAGCACCGCCUCAGCAGUUGUUGCUCUCUGCUGGCUUGAGUAGCAAAUGAGGUCUGGUUGUUUAGUUUUUUCCUCUUCCCUUCAACAUAAAGGGUCGGGCGGACAAACAUUUAACCAUCUUGACUUCUUACUGUAUGUCCUGGUGGGCUCAGAGGCUGCCCCUCUACCUCCUGAGAGGUUUUCUUUUUUUGUCCCUGAGGCGUUUGUUUCCAGGGACAACUCCAGAUCCACAGCUCAGUCACUGGCGUUGCUUUCAGAACAGACUUUAACACUGCCCUCUUUGUUGCGGUUUUCGAGCUUCCUUAAUGAAGACAUGGUUUAGUUUGACUGAUGAUUUCCUGUGGAUUGAGGGCUUUGUACCCAGUAAACUGGGCGGUGAGAGUGGUGUGGCAUGUACUUUUUUUUUUUUUUGCUAUCCACUCAAGUCAGAUCUAUUGCCAGGUAGCCCACUCAUGUUUUUUUUUUAAGUUGGUUAGGUUCCAUGAUGUUUAGUUUGAGCUGAGGAAUUUCGGAUGGACUGUCGAACUUGUUUUAUACACUGCUGUGCCGAGUGGAUGUGACUGGGUAGUGUUGUACUUUGAAACUAAGUUGUUGUGUGCUGCAGUAACAUGGUUAGGCCUGACCAAGUGGUUCUAGAUUUUCUGUUCCUGUCUGGAGGCUAGGGCUGUCAACAUUGGCCAAAAAUGACGUUCGAUUAUCCCUUCUAAAAGAACACACAGGUUCGAAGCCAUUCGAAUAUAUUUUUGCGCAUCAUGUCCAUAAGAGGGCAAACCAAUACACAAGACAUAACUGCUUGUAUAGGUGUAUUUAUUUCAAGGUAAACACGUCUUUUAAAAGAUCUACUUACCUACACAUUACACCAUAAUACCAUAAAACACAUCUCUCUCGCCCGCCCGCCCUGUCUGUCUGUCUGUCUGUCUGUCUGUCUGUCUGUCUGUCGGUCUCUCGCUGCACCGUGGUUGGUGUGAGACUGAGAAGUGAGAACGCGCUGCCAGAUGGAUGAUUUGUAACUGACGAUAGCCUCAUUUUUAUUCAGAUUAGGUAAUAUUCAUAAUGGUGGGUAGAGGUGGAAUGGUAAGCUAAUGCCCCUUUUCCACUGCAUGGGACCAGCUUGACUCAAUUCUACUCGGCUCGACCCGCUUCUGUGUUGUUUUGCAUCACCAUAACAGCACCCCAGCCCCCACCCCACCCCACCCCCCCCAGUGUAGCUGGUCACAUUGAUUUUGGUAUCCGCUCCAGUUUUUUUGGAACCUCAACAAAGGUGGUGCCAGAAAAGUGGUAGCAGUCACCACAAUGCCGGUGCUUCCCGGUAAUGGAAAACGAAAAACGGGCGAGUGGAGUCGAGCCGGUACCAUGUAGUGGAAAAGGGGCAUCGCUGUAGCUUGCAUACGACUUUAUCUCCAGGUUCCACAAUUUUUCUAUUUUCUGACCAAAACUCGGAAGUAUUUCCAGACGGGACUUUUUAGGUUGUCGGAGAUGAAGUCACGCUCUGUGUGUGUGGCCGAGUUGUGUUGUGUUGAACUCUCUGCCGUCUCCACCACACGCUUGUUGCUGAAUUAUUCGCUUGUUUCAGCUUGACAGAAACCGGUUAAAGUGACGUUGUGCGACUCCUGUCCGUCAUGCAGCGUAUUCAGGCCAAGGCGAGGCAGACAGCCAUGGUAGUGAUGCGUUUUUCCCCCACAAACGAAUAUUAAUUUCCCCCCUCGAAUGUCUGUUUUUUGUUUUUUUUUGUUUUAAAUUCGGCUAUAUAUUCAAAUUUGGAAUAUUGACAGCCCUACUGGACGCUUAAUCUUUUUGUAUAGUUAUGCAAGUUUGUACAGUAUUUAUAUGACUUGUGCUUAACCUGUAAUAUUGCUGCAAAAAAUGUAUUGUCUAAAUGUGAUUUACAUAAAAUUAUGUCACUUGCAAACUUGAGUGCUUCUGCUU